CUGUCUGGGGGAGGGGACCGCAGAGAGCGCCGGCCGCUGGGCUGGCCUGAGAGCGCAGCGCGCCCGCCGCCGCCACCAGCCGCUCCGGAGCCCCUGCGCCCUGCAGCCCGUUCCCCGGGGACCGGGCCGGCGCCAUGGACCGAGGCCAGGUGCUGGAGCAGCUGCUCCCAGAGCUCACCGGGCUGCUCAGCCUCCUGGACCACGAGUACCUCAGCGAUACCACCCUGGAAAAGAAGAUGGCCGUGGCCUCCAUCCUGCAGAGCCUGCAGCCCCUUCCAGCAAAGGAGGUCUCCUACCUGUAUGUGAACACAGCAGACCUCCACUCGGGGCCCAGCUUCGUGGAGUCCCUCUUUGAAGAAUUUGACUGUGACCUGAGUGACCUUCGGGACAUGCCAGAGGAUGAUGGGCAGCCCAGCAAAGGAGCCAGCCCUGAGCCAGCCAAGAGCCCAUGCCUGAGAAACGCGGCCGACCUGCCUCCACCGCUCCCCAACAAGCCUCCCCCUGAGGACUACUAUGAAGAGGCCCUUCCUCUGGGACCCGGCAAGUCACCUGAGUACAUCAGCUCCCACAAUGGCUGCAGCCCCUCACACUCGAUUGUGGAUGGCUACUAUGAGGACGCAGACAGCAGCUACCCUGCAACCAGGGUGAACGGCGAGCUUAAGAGCUCCUAUAAUGACUCUGAUGCAAUGAGCAGCUCCUAUGAGUCCUACGAUGAGGAGGAGGAGGAAGGGAAGAGCCCGCAGCCCCGACACCAGUGGCCCUCAGAGGAGGCCUCCAUGCACCUGGUGAGGGAAUGCAGGAUAUGUGCCUUCCUGCUGCGGAAAAAGCGUUUCGGGCAGUGGGCCAAGCAGCUGACGGUCAUCAGGGAGGACCAGCUCCUGUGUUACAAAAGCUCCAAGGAUCGGCAGCCGCAUCUCAGGUUGGCGCUGGAUACCUGCACCAUCAUCUAUGUGCCCAAGGACAGCCGGCACAAGAGGCACGAGCUGCGUUUCACCCAGGGGGCUACCGAGGUCUUGGUCCUGGCACUGCAGAGCCGAGAGCAGGCCGAGGAGUGGCUGAAGGUCAUCCGAGAAGUGAGCAAGCCAGUUGGGGGAGCUGAGGGAGUGGAGGUCCCCAGAUCCCCAGUCCUCCUGUGCAAGUUGGACCUGGACAAGAGGCUGUCCCAAGAGAAGCAGACCUCAGAUUCUGACAGCGUGUGCGUGGGUGACAACUGUUCUACCCUUGGCCGCCGGGAGACCUGUGAUCACGGCAAAGGGAAGAAGAGCAGCCUGGCAGAACUGAAGGGCUCAAUGAGCAGGGCUGCGGGCCGCAAGAUCACCCGUAUCAUCGGCUUCUCCAAGAAGAAGACACUGGCCGAUGACCUGCAGACAUCCUCGACCGAGGAGGAGGUUCCCUGCUGUGGGUACCUGAACGUGCUGGUGAACCAGGGCUGGAAGGAACGCUGGUGCCGCCUGAAGUGCAACACUCUGUAUUUCCACAAGGACCACACGGACCUGCGAACCCACGUGAACGCCAUCGCCCUGCAAGGCUGUGAGGUGGCCCCGGGCUUUGGUCCCCGACACCCAUUUGCCUUCAGGAUCCUGCGCAACCGGCAGGAGGUGGCCAUCUUGGAGGCAAGCUGUUCAGAGGACAUGGGUCGCUGGCUCGGGCUGCUGCUGGUGGAGAUGGGCUCCAGAGUCACUCCGGAGGCGCUGCACUAUGACUACGUGGAUGUGGAGACCUUAACCAGCAUCGUCAGUGCUGGGCGCAACUCCUUCCUAUAUGCAAGAUCCUGCCAGAAUCAGUGGCCUGAGCCCCGAGUCUAUGAUGAUGUUCCUUACGAAAAGAUGCAGGACGAGGAGCCCGAGCGCCCCACAGGGGCCCAGGUGAAGCGUCACGCCUCUUCCUGCAGUGAGAAGUCCCAUCGCGUGGACCCGCAAGUCAAAGUCAAACGCCACGCCUCCAGUGCCAAUCAAUACAAGUAUGGCAAGAACCGAGCCGAGGAGGAUGCCCGGAGGUACUUGGUAGAAAAAGAGAAGCUGGAGAAAGAGAAAGAGACGAUUCGGACAGAGCUGAUAGCACUGAGACAGGAGAAGAGGGAACUGAAGGAAGCCAUUCGGAGCAGCCCAGGAGCAAAAUUAAAGGCUCUGGAAGAAGCCGUGGCCACCCUGGAAGCUCAGUGUCGGGCAAAGGAGGAGCGCCGGAUUGACCUGGAGCUGAAGCUGGUGGCUGUGAAGGAGCGCUUGCAGCAGUCCCUGGCGGGAGGGCCAGCCCUGGGGCUCUCCAUGAGCAGCAAGCCCAAGAGUGGGGAAACUGCAAAUAAACCCCAGAACAGCGUUCCAGAGCAAUCUCUCCCUGUCAACUGUGUUUCUGAGCUGAGGAAGAGGAGCCCAUCCAUCAUAGCUGCCAACCAAGGAAGGGUGCUACAGAAAGCCAAGGAAUGGGAAAUGAAGAAGACCUAGGAAGAGGAUGAGGAUUUCAUUCCAAAGGAAAUACCAGCUUGUCCACCUGAGGAAGAAAUGCUUUUUUCACAAGGAGACACCAAGAGGAGACUAGGAAGUAGCCCUCGUUCUCCAGGGCACCCAAAAUACCAGCCUUUAUUGUCUGCAUGAUUUUAGGGGAUAUGGGGAGGGAAGAAGUAGAAGGGAAGAGGGAAAUGGAGAGCAUCCUUAGUGACUUUACAAAGGGUGGAAAUGAGGAUGGAGGGAUACAGAAGUCUGCACAGCUGUAAAGGUUUUAUAGAUGUCUUUGCCUUCCCUUCUGAAGAAGAAGGGAAGAAGAAAUGAAAGCACAUGUGAAUAACCCCUUCCAUCCUAUUCGCAGCAUCGCACUCCCAGUCCUUAAGGCAAAGGGAGGCAGUGCUGAAGCAUUGGUGGUGCAGUGUAAAGAGACAAGACCUGAUCAUCUGAUCACACUUGUGCCAACUUGAUUCAUGUUGGGCAUUACUGACAACCCCUGGGCAAGGCAAAUAGGUUGAACAAUCAAUAACAUUAUCCCUGCCUGCAUACAUGUGAACAAAAGCUAUAGAGGACAUGCAAAUUCUACAGUCAUUCCUCAUAUGCUUUAGACAGAGUGCAGCUACUGGAAUCUUCCAGAUUUGAGUGUUUUAAAAUCAGAGCUCUGAAUACACAAAACGAAAGAGAAAUGGAGCAGCUGACAUGUUUUAAGCUCACAGUGAUAUUCAGUGACAGGAGCACAGAGCUGUAAUGUCCACAGGCUGUUGUAGGAUAGGGUCUUUCAGUAAAUCAAGUCCCUUACCUAUGUUCUGUGACACUGAGGCUCUUGGAGCUAUGGGUUAGAAAUCCAGGAGGCAAUAUGUCUUUAUUCUAAUGAAGUCCUCAUCUUGCACUCAGAAGCCCACUAGUCUGCCCUUCUGUAUAUUAAGUAAAACCAAGAGAAAUUAAGAGGAUGAUGGCUUCUUUCUGUCACAUGGGUGCUAAACCUUUUACAAACACUUGACACUUUUAUAGAGGGACCAAGGACCUCAAGUCCUGGGCAGUCUCCUUACUGUGCUACUCACUACUGUCUCAACACUGUAGGUACUUUAUGGGUCUGUCUUUAACACACUUCCUUCCAAUAAAGAUAAAUCCACUUAACUCUUAAGGGCCAGUGCUUAGCUCAAGAGGAAAGAAGGAAAAUCCCAGAAUAACCGUGGCCACUUUGCUCUAGGGGUUACAUAUUUUAACCCACCUAAGGUUUUACAGACUUUAGCCUCACUCAAACUUUAUCACCCUGUGAGGUAGCUGGAGACCACAACAGGAAAAAUAACCUGAUCACAUCCUGUGAGGUAGCUGGAGACCACAGCAGGAAAAAUCACCCACUGAUUAGUGGCAGAGCAUAGGACUUAGGGGUUAUAAGCCCAGAUCCAGAUAGGGCUGGGUUUGAGCCUUGCCUCUAAUGACCAGCUGGGUGACCUUGGAAAAGUCACUUGACCACUCUGAUUCUUGUUUUCCUUAUCUGUGAAAUGGGACUAACAAUUGUUACUUUUCUCCCAAGAUUGUUGGGAAGAUUUAAUAAGAUAACAUAUAGUAGGCAUCUUGCAUAGUGUCUGAGAAAUAGGAAAUGCUCAGUCAAUAGUGGCUCUCACUAGCCAGGCAUGGUGGUACUCGCCUAUAGUCCCAGCUACUCAGGAGGCUGAGGCAGGAGGACCACUUGAGCCCAGGAGUUUGAGACUGUAGUGCACUAUGAUCACGCCUGUGAAUUGCCACUGCACUCCAGCCUAAGCAAAUAGCAAGACCCCAUCUAUAAAAAAAAAAAAAAAUUGGCUAUUAUUAGCUAUAUGAGAAAUGUCUGACUCACAAGCCUGUGUUCAUUCCACUGAAGAGGAAAUUACUUUUCAGUGUUCUUUUUUAAAACGUGGAUCCUGGAAUGUCACCUAACUCUCCAACUAUGUCUUCAGUGUCUGUCAUACUCUUUCUUAUGCAGUUAUUUUGGGGUUAAGUGUCUUUUCUCACCAACAGAUCUUGAACUCUGAGAGGAGUGGCUGGGGGUAAUUAAUAAUUAACAUUUAUCAAGCACUCACCGUGUGUCAGGCACUGUGUCAGCCAUGGCCAGCUUCACAGGCAUGCAACCUGUGCAGUCACACAGGGCCCCAUGCUUAGAAGGGCCCUGUUCUUGGUUUAAUGCUCUACUAUUGCCUUCUUAAUAUUUGAACAAGGAGUUCUGCUUUUCCUUUUGCCCUUUAAAUUAGAUAGCCAGUCCUGGUGCUAACUAACCACUUUUCCAGGUAUUAUCCUUUUAGUUUUCACUGAAACCCUGAGAUAAGUUAUAUUGCCCUAGUUUUCACAGUUCAGGAAAUGGAAGCUCACAGAGGUCAGGUAACUUGCCCAAGCUCACAUAGUUCUUAUAUUUACAUGCUGGUGGAGCCAGCAUGUGAAUGUAAGAAGUCUUGACCCUAGAGCCUUAUUCUUAAUUUUAAAGCUCUAUGUCAUCCAUAUAUCUCCCUCCCCUUGUACUGCAACAUUCAGAAGCACACUACCACUUAAUAAAUAGAUGAAUGAAUGCA